UCUCUACAAAGGAGAGGUACAACGGAAUUCCGAGCAUCAGCAAUGGAAGAACCAAAACUCUCCUUUGGCGGAGCCAUACGCCUCAUAUUCUCUCUCCUCAUUCUCUCUUCUGCUGCUGUCUCUGCAACAUCUCCUUCUCGAAUCUGCAUCAUCGGCAGCGGAAUCGGCGGUUCUUCCAUCGCCCAUUUCCUCAAGACGUACUCUAAUAAACAUCUUAAUGACAUCCGAAUCUUCGAGAGGAGCGGCCGAGUCGGAGGCCGUAUGGCCACCGUCUCGAUCUCUGGGGACGUGUUCGAGGCCGGCGCUUCCAUCAUCCACCCCAAGAACUUCCACGCCUUAAACUUCACCGCUUCCCUUAACCUGCGCACCAAUUCCAAUGACGGUGAUGAUUCCUCUUCCUGGUUCGGAAUCUGGGAUGGCGCUCGCUUCCUUUUCAAGACACUCCCUCCGCCCUCCGAGUCGAAGCCUUCCUUCUAUAAGAAGAUCGUCUCGCUCCUCAAUUCCCUUCUGGUGUUCCGCCGAUACGGGUUUUCGCUCCUCAGGAUGCAGCGAUUCGUCGAUAAAACUGUGGACAGAUUCUUGCUUUAUUACUCGGAUUUUGAAUCUCGACCUGUUUUCACGACCGUGGAGGAGAUGCUUAAAUGGGCUGGUUUGUAUGGGCUUACUCAAAAUACUUUGCAGGAGGAAUUGACCGAUGCCAGGUUAUCGCAAGAACUGAUAUCGGAGCUCAUCACUGUGAUCACCAGAAUCAACUACGGUCAAAAUGUUACCAUCAGUGGACUGGCUGGGGCAGUUUCUAUGGCAGGCUCUGAUGCAGGACUAUGGUCAGUUGAAGGAGGCAAUUGGCAAAUUGCCAAUGGGUUGAUCCGUCAUUCAAAUGCAUCUUUGCAUCUCCAUGAAGAGAUAACUUCAAUCUCCUAUGUUGAAGGGUAUUAUGAGCUCAACUCUACCAAAGGGAAUUCUUACAGUUGUGAAGUUACAGUAGUUGCAACACCACUAGAUGAGCUGAACAUCAACUUCUCCCCAUCAGUUUCAAUUCCCAAGAGAGAGUUACAGCAUACGCAUGCAACAUUUGUGAGGGGACUCUUAAACCCUGCAUAUUUUGGCCUGAACUUGGCAUCAGAAAUUCCCGACCUAGUAGGUACAAUCGAAUCUUCUGAAGUACAGUUUUCAAGCAUCUCUGUUCUCAAGAAAUUCAGUGAAGAGGAUAAGACUUACAAGGUGUUCUCACGGGCCCCAAUGGAAGACAGGUUACUAGAUCUCAUCUUCAGUGCUAGGAAGGAGACUGUCCGGAUAAACUGGGCUGCAUAUCCCCAUUACAAGGCUCCGGAAGAUUUUGCACCAUUCUUGUUGGAUGGGUUGCAUCUGUACUACAUAAAUGCCUUUGAGAAUGCAGCAAGUACUAUAGAGACAGGUGCCGUUGCAGCUGAAAAUGUCGCACGCCUUAUCCUUUCAAGGCUUCCUUCUGGUUCACCUUCAAACUUGCCAAAUUUGAUGAGAUCUGCUCCCCAUGAAGAAAGCAUGCAUGUAGAUUUAUGAGGAAGAUGUGACCAAGCAUCAGCAUUUUCCAGAUGGCCUGGUGCAUUAGACCAAACUUGGAAAAUGGACGAGCAAACCUGGAAGAAGCUCUAUGGGCUCUUCUUCUAAAUGUAACAUUUUAGAGAGAGAGAGAGAGAGAGAGAGAGAGAGAGAGAUGGGAGGACUGUUGUAUCCGUUAGUGUGGUAAAAGAAAAUGAGUUUUGUUCUAAUCUAUUGAUGGAUUCUCAUGGAUUCCAUAGUACCAUUGAAACAUACAUUCCUAUGGAUUUCAUUUUUAAGCUCUUGUUUGGAUAGCAAGUUGAGAUCUCAUAUUCUUCUUACAAUA